AUGAGCACCCCUCAUCUCAAGCCCCGAAUGAACAACAUCGAUACCGAUGUCUUCGUCGUUUGUAUCUGCGCCAUGGUCUUCAUCGUCUUCAUUGGUGUUAUUGUGUACUUCGCUUGGCGACCUGGCCCCGAGCCUCGCAGCGACACUACUGAUACCACUCGUCCUCGCCGCCCCGCCACCAACUCUCACGACGACGAGGAUGGCCCUGAUGCUCGUCGCGACUCUGAUGCCGCCGGGUGCAACCUCCCUUGGUUCCGCCGCCGUCAAACUACCCUCGAGCGCAACACCUACCCCCUCGAGUCCGUCCCGGGAACCCCGCACCCUCGUAAUGGUGUUAACAUCUAG